AUGGGGUUCUUACUGCAAAAGCCUACUGGAACGGAAGGCAGAACCUGGCCGGCCAUCCUGAUUAGUGGUUUCGUCGCGUUCGGCGGAAUUUUGUUCGGGUAUAACACCGGCACAAUCAGCGGCAUCCUUGCCAUGCCGUACUGGGCCCAGACGUUCUCAACUGGCUACCGAGACAGUACCGGUCAGCUGAACGUCACAGCUAGCCAGUCUGCUGCGAUAGUGUCCAUCCUUUCAGCAGGAACCUUUUUUGGAUCCCUAGGGGCUGCGCCCACUGGGGACCUCAUCGGCAGCCGUUGGGGACUGAUUGCGUCCAACGGCGUUUUUGUAGUGGGCGUCGUAUUGCAGACCAUCGCGACAUCCAUUCCGCCGUUCCUUGCUGGCCGAUUUUUCACAGGAUUUGGGUCUGAGACGGCCCCCAAAUGGAUUCGUGGAUUUAUCGUGGGUUCCUAUCAGUGGGCAAUUACUAUCGGUCUACUCCUGGCCUCGGUGGUCAACAAUGCCACUCAUAUGCGGGAUGAUCCCGGGUCCUACCGCAUUCCGAUUGCGGUGCAGUUUGCCUGGUCCAUAAUCCUCGUCGCUGGUGUCCUCAUCCUUCCCGAGACCCCUCGGUACCUGAUUAAGGCUGACAAGAGGGAAGCCGCCACAAAAAGCCUUGCCAAACUGCGUCGUCUGCCCGAGGACCAUGCCGCAGUCCAGAGCGAGCUGGGGGAGAUCCAGGCCAAUCACGAGCAUGAGAUCAGCCUGGGCGGCUCCAGCUAUAUUGACUAUUUCCGAGGCAAUAUCGGAAAACGUCUUAUGACAGGCUGCCUCCUGCAAGGACUGCAGCAGCUUACUGGCAUUAACUUCAUCAUUUACUACGCACCCAGCUCUUUAAGAACUCGGGCUACGACAAUGAAUUCGGUCGACGUCCUGUUUUACUCACGGGGGGCGGUCGGUAUGUUUGUCGCGCAGCUACUAGUGGCUAUUCUCGGAACUACAACAACAGGUCAGGAUACCCAGAAGGCGGCAAUUGCAUUUAUCUGUCUCUUCGUCUUCUUCUUCGCUGCUUCGUGGGAGAUUUUCCCCCUCAAAACUAGAGCCAAAUCUCUCUCCAUGACUACCGCGACUAACUGGAUCGUCAAUUGGGCAUUGGGGUACGCCACGCCCUACCUGGUCAACUACGGCCCAGGAAACGCAAAUCUGCAGCCGAAAAUCUUUUUCGUUUGGUCCGGCUGCUGUUUCCUCUGCAUAGUCUUUAGGGAGGUAGAUGAGCUCUAUAGCGAAGUCACGGACGCACGGAAGAGUGUAGGUUGGACCCCAAGUAUCACCUUUAUGCAGAUGAGAGAAGCAGGUUCGGUGAAGGACAGCGAGGACUAUGUGACUGAGAAGCACGAAGAGAAUAGCGGGGCUCGUGGGGUGGCAUUCAAUUCAAACAUCUGA